CUGUGUUAGUGUAUAAAAGGGCAGAAGGAAAAAAAUAAUCGGGAACACCUCCCCAACGCCCUUAUUACAAUCGAAAAACAAAUAUAAUUUUAUAGGUGUGCUGCUCUUCACAGCCACCGAUCCUUUGAAAAACCGCACCCGUGGCAAAAUUAGAGGCAGAACCUCGGUCCUUGAACAGUUAAAAUUCAGAUUAGUUUGCUAGAGAGGAUAAGCUUCAGGGAAAGGGGCGGAGAGAGCUGCUUUCUAUUGAUCCGUCGUCGCGCAAAUGUGCAAGCGGGUUCUCAUGCUUUAAAUUGCAAGUGUGGCUUAAUUAGAACUAAAAUUGGGUGAGUGGAGAGUGUCUUAUUGCACAAGCGCGCCUUUAUUUGCGGCCGGAAUUUCUGUUGCAAGGAGGAUCACUCGGGCCUUUACUCGGGAUCUGUAAGUGAAGCAGCGGGGCCAGGCGGGAGCAAUGGGAAGCGUCGAAAGAAAAGGGGUACACGCUGCGCCCUCUCCAAACGACCUUUGAUUGCGUGCACAAGACUGCGAGUGGACGAAGACGCGCGGGAAUUGAUCUUGGAGGAGGUGAGAAGCCUGAGGACACACCCUCCCCCCCCCCACAAGUGAAAUCUGAAAUUCUGUUAGUAAACAAAAUGGUUGCCAAGUGUGUUGUGCGCAAUUUUACAACCUUUUUUUGCCACCAUUUUCUUAAAGCAAAAUUACAGGGAGUCCUCGAUUUACGACAAUUGAGCCCAAAAGCAGGAUCCCAAAGCUGGGUAUUGUCCUCCGCGUUUGAAGGAAGAAAUGGUGGAUCAGAAGUGAAUUAGAUUCAUCUGGGAGGGGGAGGGGAGAAGUCAUGUCUUUGGAGCGAGAGGUAGAGAUUUCAACCUUGGGGCUUCACAGAGUCAUCGCUGACCCAGACGUGAAGCCAGAAAUCAAGACGGAAAAGCAGAACCUGGAGCCCAAGAGACAAGCCCAUCUGGCUGGGCAGACCGAUGUCCUAUGAGGAAGGUUGUACCCCCCCCACUUCAGCCCAUUAAACGGGAAAAUAAUGAAAGUCUGGAGCCACAAUGGCCGGAAGGACCAUCUCUUUGGGGCCUCAAGGCUUUCCCGUCUACUUGGAAAGGAGCAGCGGCCGUGUCCGACUGGGCUGUAGCAGAGAAGGUCCCCAAAGUUACACUGGAUAGCAGAGACCUCAGGAUCCCAAGCGGAGGAAGCGAGGAGCAAAUUUGGGGCCCCGAGGCCAGCAGUUCCGAAUGCCAGCGCCGGCAUUUCCGACAGUUUCACUACAGCAGUGGUUCUCAACCUUUUUAAUGCCGUGACCCCCAACCGGUCGUAAGUCGAGGACUACUCAACCGGUCAUAAGUCGAGGACUACCCAACUGGUCAUAAGACGACUUUCCGUGCCCGGGAACGCCGCACAUGCAUGGUGCCGCCCCCUGCACCGGCCGAGGCGUAGCUGGCAAGGGGCAGAGACGGCGCAGGGCGACCACCGGCUGGGCCACCAGCUGGCCCAGCCCAAGGGAGGUUGAGAACCACUGUGCUACAGGGAAGCCGAGGGCCCGAGGGAGGCCUACUGCCAACUCUGGACACUUUGCUGACGCCCAAGAGGCGUACCAAGGAGCAGAUGCUGGAGCUGGUGAUCCUGGAGCAGUUCCUGGCUAUCCUGCCCCCGGAGAUGCUGAGCUGGGUCCAAGAAUGGGAUUCCAAGAGCUGCUUCCAUGUGGCAGACUUGGCAAAGCGUUUCCUCCUAAGGCAGAGCGAGGUGAAGAAGCCGAAUCAGCAGAUGACAGGGAUGAAGCAAGAGGUGGGAGUGAAUUUCCCCAAAGCAAAAGAAACUUCUCUGGACGUUACCCUCAGGCAGCUAAACAGAAAGGUCAGGCAAGAGGAGGAUGGGAAUGCCAGCAUGGCAGAUGACGAAGGGCAAAGAGACCAGCAGGAGAUGAUGGCAGGGAGAGAAAACAGCCGGGAUUUAAAAGAACCUGUUUUGAAUCUAAGCAAGGCAACAGAAGAUCAGCCGGCAGACCAAUCCUGUUGCAUUGCAGAGAAGAGGCCCCUACGAAACCAUCCUCAGGCAGCCGAUCCCCAAAGGGAAGCGAUCGAGUGAUAAGCUAUUCCAUAGCCUCAACAAGCAUCUCCAUGCUCUCACCGGCAAGGAGAUGUUUGAAUGCUCCGACUGUGGGAAGGCCUUUAUUUCCAGGGCCGGCUUCAUUGUGCACAUCCGAGUUCACGGCUGGGAGAAACCCUUUGAAUGCUCAGAAUGUGGGAAACACUUCCGUUGCAGCUCGCACCUCAACAGCCACAGCAAAAUCCAUGCCGGUGGGGGGGGGAGUUAGGUUGACAUCUGGUGGUGCUACCCUCAGACACCCAAAGGUGCUUUGGUGGUGCUAUCCUCAGGCACCCUCAAGCACCCAAAGGUGCUUUUCAAAAGGCAAUUGGACUUUCUUGGUUUUUCCUUGAAAAUGUUUCGCUUCUUAUCCAAGAAGCUUCUUCAGUUCACUUCUUCAGAGCACACAAACAACCAUACACAUACAUA